AUGUCCUUUCCUGGUGAUGCAUCGAGCCAAGUAUCAGAAGAAGAUCGAAAAGCCCGAGAUGGCGAUACUAUCGUCAGAGAAGCAUUCGAGCGACAUGGCAACUACAAAUACGUUAGGAAUAUUGGUGAAGGGGCCGAGGGUGCCGCCUAUCUGAUUCAGCGCAAAAGUCCAAGCGAGACGGAACCGAGGCGCGUCGUUCUCAAGGUUUCUGGGGGUCUUGAGGAUCUCGCGUACGAGGAAUGGAGAAAGACAAACGCGCCGUGGAUCCGACGACCAGACUAUGUGGUAGAAGUUCCCGUGGACACCAGAGAGUGGCUUCAGGCUCUCGCAAACUCGACGCAUACCGCCAAAUGGGUUCACAUUGAUCCCGAACCAACCAAAUUCGAUCCCGACUUGACUGCAAAGAACGUGACGGUUGCGUAUAGUUAG